AUGUCCGCAAACGACUACUUUUCGGCAAUCGCGACCUUUAUCGCGUUGCGCGAGACGCUCGAGGCCGGCAUUAUCAUCGCCGUGCUACUCGGCUUCAUCGAGCAGCUCAUGCCCCACCGUCCCGGUGGCAACAAUGAGGAAGCCACCGGCAGCCGCACGGAACUCCUCGCACGCGGCAGCACCGCUAACGAGUCUGCCGAGCCUGCCUACCUGACCUUCCCCGACGGCACGCGCCGUGAAAGGCGCAACAGCGAGCGCUGCCCCGACAUUCCCCCCGAGCUCCUGUCGCCGGCCGUCUCUGCAUUCUCCAUCGCCGACACGGACGCUGUCGACGUCAGCGAGGGCGAGAACACUGACGACGAGGGCGACGGCGGACCUAGUCGCCACCCCAAGCACAAGUACGACCGCGAGGCGCUUGUGCGCUCCCUCAAGACGCAGGUAUGGACCGGAGCGCUUCUCGGUCUCGCGGCCGCUAGCGCGCUCGGCGGCGUCUUUCUCUACAUCUUUUACACCUUUGCCCACGACCUGUGGCAGGACGCCGAGAACCUCUGGGAGGGCAUCUUCUGCGGCAUUGCAUCCAUCAUUAUCUUGAUCAUGGGCCUGGCGUUCCUCCGCCUCCCACAUGCGCGCACAAAGUGGCGCCUCAAGCUCCUUUCGGCCGUCGAGGGGUCGGCCGGCGUUGACCGCAACGGCCACCCUCGUCACCACCACCAUGGCAACCACAACAGCGAGCACCGCCGCAAGGUGCGCGCGCGUGCUGCUCGCGGCUGGAUCCUGUUUGGUCUCCCGUUCAUCACCGUCCUGCGCGAGGGCCUCGAGGGUGUGGUCUUCCUCGGCGGCAUUGGCAUCACCGACAAGCCGCGUGCCAUCCUCUUUGGCGCCCUCACUGGCUUUGCCAUUGGCGGUUUCCUCGCCUACACGCUCUUCUCGCGUAGCGAGACCAUGUCGCUGCAGCACUUUACGACGUUUUCGACCAUUGUCCUCUUCCUCAUGGGCGCCGGCCUCGCGAGCCGCUCAGCAUACGCCCUCGAGCGCCAGUACUUUAUCAACGGCGUCGGCGCGGCUGCCGCCGAGUCUGGCGACGGUCCGGGCUCGUACCGCGUCGCCGGCAACAUCUGGAAGCUGACAUGGGGCAACCCCGAGAUCGGCCACGAGGGCUACAGCGGCUGGUACCAGCUCGCCCAGUCCCUUGUGGGCUGGAACAACAUUGGCACCGUGUGGACCGUCGGCACGUACCAGCUGUACUGGAUCGUCAUCACCGCCGUCCUCAUCCGGAUGAAGUACAGGGAGGGCCGCACCGAGCUCUUUGGCCACCGGUCCAAGCGCGGAUGGGCGAUUGAGCGCCGCCGCCGGAUCGCCCGUCGCGAGGACGGCGAGGAGGAGGGUCUCCUGUCCGCCCACGGCGGCGGCGAGGCGUCUGGAUCCAGGCCGAGCGAGGAGGCGCAGUAG